AUGGUCUAUUCACCCGUCGUCGCUUUAGGUUUUCUGGGUGCCCUGCAGGGCAGGAGCGAGGUCUAUUCACGACAGACGAACGCGACGGGCUGUGCGACGGGCGUGCACAUGAUUGUGGCCCGAGCCAGCACCGAGCAGCCGGGCACGGGAGUUAUUGGCGCCAUCGCGAACAGCAUCCAGUCGCAGGUUCCGGGAUCCGAUAUUGUCCCGGUCGAUUACCCUGCACUGCUCAACCCCUACCAGCCGUCGCAGAAGGCUGGUGUCACGGCGAUGACGAAGCUGGUUCAGGACUACGCCAAGGCGUGCCCCCAGACGAAAAUGGUUCUAAUGGGAUACUCGCAAGGAGCGCAUGUCACUGCCGAUGUCCUCUGCGGCACGAGCGAGACCGGGUUCGCGUCAACAGAGCCCCAGGCUACUGACGUUACGGAUAAAAUUGCCGCCGUUGUCCUCAUGGGCGACCCCAGCCACGUGACCGGGCAGCCCUUCGAUCAGGGAACCAGCCAGAAAAACGGCAUCUUUCCAAGAACAAAGACCGCCGGGUGCGACGCCGUCUCCAGCAAGAUGGCCUCCUUCUGCAACAGCGGCGACCCGUUCUGCGACAGCGGAGCCAACAUCCAGGUUCACCUGAGCUACGUCCAGUCGGACGGUGACGCAGCCACAAAGUUCAUCAUGUCCAAGGUCGGCGGCGGCGCUGCGGCAUGACUGGGAGAAGGCACGGGAGCGAGCCAGUCUGUCAGCCUGCGCUUUUUACUGUACAUGACUCUGCUGGCACAGAUUGUUGGUUUACUGAUCUUAUGAAGGGGGUCUUUGCCAUGAUUCCUUCAUGAGCUUGGCACCGGUAAAUACCUUGGUUUUUCCUGUUGAUACAUAUGGAUUAGUUGAAGCAUAGUUAGCGUACAAGAUUAUGUUCGGU